UGAAAUUAGAACACGCAGAAACAGACACGAUGGCUGGUCCCGGCAAAUGCUUCCUCGUCACUGGUACUCCGGGUGUGGGAAAAACCACUCUCAUCAUGAGAGUGUUCGAGUCCCUCAAGGUCAAUCCUUCCCUCAAGCUUCAGGGUUUCUACACUCGGGAAGUUAGGCGCGAUGGCCAGAGGGUUGGUUUUGAAGUGGUCACUCUCGAUGGUCGCACUGCCCCACUUGCCUCCAACAUUUCAACCGUUGAGACUCUCAGAUGGCCUAGUGUUGGCAAGUAUAAAGCUGAUGUAGCAUCCUUUGAGUCACUAGCACUGCCCGAGUUACAGGUUAGAGAAGACACUGAUCUGUUCAUCAUUGACGAAGUUGGUAAGAUGGAGUUAUUCAGUUCAUCAUUCUUCCCUGCAGUUCUGAGAGUUUUGGAGUCAAAUAUCCCAGUUUUGGCUUCCAUUCCAGUUCCGAAAUUUGGCAGGGACAUACCUGAAGUUGCAAGGUUGCGGAAUCAUGCAGGAGCAACUUGUUUUACAUUAAGCGUUAGUAACAGAGAUGCUGUUAGAGAACAGAUACGCUCGCUAUUGGAAGAUCUGCUGAUAAAACACUAGUCAUUGCAAGUUUGUGGUCUGAACUCAUACCGUGUAGAUUUCAAGUUUUAAAUGAGUUAUGAUGGGCUAAUACUAUUUAGUGAGAAGAAGAAAUUGAGCCAUAAAUAAGUUGGUGAGUUAGUUGAACCGUGAAUAACCAUGGAAUGCAGAACAGAUUCAGUGGUUUGAGCUUUGCUAGAAAUAUGCACGACUUAUCUGCAUGAUAGUCCUUUUGUAAUGACUUGUGUGUGUGUCUAUAUUAUGGACAAUAACUUCCGCAGGAAAAGAGGGUAGAAACUGAAAAUCUUAAUCCAUAUAAUACAUGAUCACAUU